AUGAGAAAUCUUUUAGAAUAUGCCAUAAAUGUUAUGAAAGAUGGGAAAUCCGUGGUUUGGACGGGCGUCGGACCGAGUUUGGGAAAAGCCAUUUCCUGUGCGGAAAUAUUAAAAAGAAAAUACAACGCUCAUCAAAUAUCAAAAAUUUGUUACAACAAAGUCGAAGAUUAUUGGGAUCCAUGUUUGCCACAAUUAGAAACAUUAAUUGUAAGAAGAGAUAUUCCUACAAUUCAUAUUCUUAUAUCUCGAGAUAAAUUAGAUGAUGCGGAACCUGGGUAA